GUGAGUCAGGAUGAAAUUGGGCCGGCAUGGUUGAAGCCGCUGCUCAAGGCUAACUACUUCCAUACUUGCACAAUUCACGGUGAUUCAAAUAAGAGCGAAUGCAACAUGUAUUGUUUGGAUUGCAUGGGAAGUAAUGCUCUUUGCUCUUACUGUUUGGCCAAUCACAAACACCAUCGCCUUGUACAAAUAAGAAGAUCGUCAUACCAUAAUGUGGUGAGGGUGAAUGAAAUUCAAAGGUACCUAGACAUAUCUUGCAUUCAAACAUACAUUAUCAAUAGCGCCAAGAUUGUGUUUCUGAAUGAGCGUCCCCAGCCCAGACCAGGAAAGGGGGUUACCAAUACUUGUGAAAUCUGCGGCCGCAGCCUACUUGACACUUUCAGAUUUUGCUCCCUCGGCUGCAAGCUGAAUGGUAUUAGGCGAGGCGAUGAAGAGUUGACAUUUACAUUGAAGGCGAAGACGAAUGAAUAUUGGGAUGAUGAAUCAUCGACCCCAAAGAAGAAGAAGCGCAGGGACGAGAAAGUAACGUUUGGGUUUCGUCAUCUGAAUAUUGAGGCAUACAAUAUGUCUCCUGAUACGCCUCCUAUCUACAACCACAACAAUUCAAACAGGAGGAAAGGCAUUCCACAUCGUGCCCCUUUUUGA